CCUAUAAAAAAACAAGCUCAUUCAAGCCUCAUCUGUCAGCCCAACUACCUGGGAGUUUCACAUCCUCUCUGCACUCUGGACCCUGGCUGCCACCACUAUGAAAACUCAUUACUUUCUCCUGGUGAUGAUAUGUUUUCUUUUCUCCCAGAUGGAGCCAGGUGUUGGCAUUCUCACAAGUCUUGGACGAAGAACAGAUCAAUACAAAUGCCUUCAACAUGGAGGAUUCUGUCUCCGCUCCAGCUGCCCAUCUAAUACCAAACUACAGGGAACCUGUAAACCAGAUAAGCCCAACUGUUGUAAGAGCUGACAGUAGUUUGAAGAAUGAGCAUAAAGGACGAGCGAUGGAUUGUAAAAUUAGUGUUUUAAUAAAUGAAAUGUUUUUGAAGUUUAUUUACAUCAUAUCAAAAUAAAUUUUAUUUCUCUGUUUAGAAGAGCAAUUUUUUUUUAAAAAGUAUUGGGCUUAGAACAAGAGGUGAGAAAAUCCAGAACAUCUGCCUGGUCCUGAGUAAUGAUGGUCACAAUUUGAGUGAUAUCACUUCUAUGUAAUUUUAUCACCAUGCAAGAUGCAUCCAGCACAAGAAGGUCACACGGAAUGGAACAGAGAACACGGUACACAGGCUUCCUGGGAUAUAAAAGAGAAUGACUCUUCCACAGUCUUAGCAGUCAGUUCUAUGACACCCCAUCUGCAACCUUAGCAAUAGAAACUCCUUUAUAACUGUAAGUUGUCCAACCAGAGCGCAUCCUCCAUGGGUAAUGUCUGGAUUUCCUGGUACUUUUAAAAAAGAUUCAGCCACAACUUUCAAAUAUAAUUGUGUAUCACAAAUCUGUGUUGGGACUUGGACAUCUGUGUUUCAGGUCUUUUUUGCUGUUGUGUCUGUAGACAUGCAUGAAUGAAUAAAAGCAAUCAUGACAUCCA